AAAAUAACUAACAAACAAAAAAUCAAACAUCAAACAAAGAAGAAGGAAGUUACUUGGGGAUUUUAGUUCUUAAAAAAACUUCAACUUGACCUCAAUGUUGUAGUUCCUUGUAUGAUUUUUUUGAAAACCGUGAAUGAUCAACAGACAGAAUGCAUUUGAAAACUGGAUUAAUAUUCUUGGCCAUUUGCCUUGCUCUCCAAGUUCAGGGAAGCAGAGAAAUCCCCAAUAAAACAAAUCGUGGUGAAGCCAAACAACUUGCAGAUGCCUCAGGCUCAGACAAAACAGAAAGAACAACGAAGAGGUCCAGAGUGUCAACUAUAAGGAGGAUAUUUGACAUGGCAAAACACCGAACAAAGAGAUCACCCUUUUUUUCUACUGGUGUGAAAAUUUGCCCACAAGAAUCAGUGAAGCAGAUUUUAGCCAGUCACCAAGCUUACUACAGAUUAAGAGUCUGCCAGGAAGCUGUGUGGGAAGCCUUUCGUAUUUUUCUGGAUCGGAUUCCCGAUUCUUCUGAAUAUCAGAACUGGGUUACUGCCUGCCAGAGGGAAACCUUCUGCAUAUUCGACAUUGGCAAAAACUUCAGCAAUUCCCAAGAGCACUUGGAAAUAAUCCAACGGCGAGUAAAACAUAGAACCUUCCAGGAAAGGAAAGAUGAAAUAACCACAGACAAAACAGGUGGCAAAAAGCUGGAAGACAUUCCUUCUGUUUCUACAGGUGCCCCCAGCGUAUCCCUUUCUUACACACUGGUACCUAACAGAACACUGCUCAAUGAGAUUGUCAACGAGACCAAGACUCCUGUGAAGGAACUAGGAACAAAUACAGUCCCAGAACUUCCUGCAGAACAAAUGGUAGAAUUCAGUGUCACUCUCACGGAUCAGGAAUACACAGCUGAACUUAGCGAUCCCAACUCCCCACAGUAUCAACAAUUAGCUGCCAAAUUUCAACUACAGAUGCAAAAAAUAUUUGAGAAACUUCCAGGAUUUAAAGAAAUCCACGUAUUGGGAUUUAAGCAGAAGAAGGAGAAAGAUGGGUCAAGCAGCACUAUAGCGCGAUACAUGGUAAACUUUGAGAGAGAUGGCUCAGAAAUCAAAAGCACUGCAGAUGACAUCUCAACUAUUGGAUCAAAUAAGGUUGAAAAUGAAAAAGCACCACUCUCUGCAAAGGAAGAGAGGGAAAUAUCAGCAACCAAACUCACAGUAACGGACCUUCAGCAGCUGGUUGCUACAGCACUCCAUGAAGACAGGUCCCUACCAGUGGACCUUGGGACACUUCGGUUUACUGACGAACCUAUUCGACCGCCAAGUGAUUUUGAUAAUGACAUCCAAGGCAUGGUCACCAUUCCUCUGGCAGGCCCUGAUUUGGAUGACACCAUAAGCGCAGAACUCCCACUGGUUUAUCCCAGCCCAGCAACGGUGGACCAAACCAGAGGCUUCUUUGUUGAUGAAUUUACAACUGGAAUCUCUGAUCUCAGCAGAGAGAUUGGUGGACCUGAAGACUUUGAUAGUAAUUUUAUUACAUCUGAACCCGCAUUCCCUACCAAACCCUCCAGAGAACCACCUCACGACAAAUCUCCAGACACAGAAGAUAUCACUACUGAUUACCAAAGAUUCACAGUGCCUUUCAGUGCUCUGGUUAGCACAGACAGUCCUCCAAAGCCAGAUGAUUCCUACCUGCCUCCUCCAGCAGACGAGUCAGAGAGCAAGGACUUAAUCACCGAUGACAAUGAGUCUCCAACAGAGCAGGUUAUCACAUUGGCAAUUUAUACCACAGGUAGUUUUACCCUACCUACUUUCCUGCAAGCCACAGAUGAGCAUACUGAAGCUGAGAUGAAGAAAGAACUGCUUGGAGUAACAGAACCACCUUUCAAGGAAGCUGAUAGAGACAGUCUCUCUGGACAAGCAGUGAAGAUCAUGGAUGAACUAGAAUCAUCAGGUGAUGACAUUUUGGUUACAACCAGCACAUACAAAACGUUGCCUUUCCUUAUCGGUUCAAGCGAUCUGUUUGCCACGCAGCCAGAGGUCACUUUUACAGGAGCACUGCCACCAGACCAAACUCUACUGCCCACAGUGACCAGCCCAUUCUACAGCCAUUCUGUUGUCAUUGACCAGUCCCCUGAAGUACCAGACACCUCAAUGCCAGAGGCUGCCAGCGCUCUUCCUGACCGUGCCAGCACAGGAGUGCAGGACAUUGCUGCUGAGUUGGACGGCACUGGUGUGAAAAGCACAGCAGUGCUGGAUGAGGCAGAGCAUGGCAGUGGCUACAUCUCAGUGCAGACAACUGAGCCUGUAGAAGUCACCCAGGCUCCCACACUGAAGUAUGUGACCACCAGCUCCAUGACAACGGCAGCCAAAGGCAAAGAACUUGUGGUUUUCUUCAGCCUGAGGGUAACCAACAUGCACUUCUCUGAUGAUCUCUUCAACCGGAGCUCGCAGGAAUACAAAGCUCUAGAACAACAGUUCAUGCAAUUGCUACUUCCAUACCUCCAGUCCAACCUCACAGGUUUUAAGCAACUGGAAAUACUUAACUUCAGGAAUGGAAGUGUGAUUGUCAACAGUAAAAUGAAAUUUGCCAGAACAGUGCCAUAUAAUAUCACAGAAGCAGUACAUUGUGUUUUGGAAGACUUCUGUGACGCUGCUGCCCAACACCUCAACUUGGAGAUUGACAGCUACUCCCUGGAUAUUGAGCCAGCUGAUCAGGCAGACCCAUGCAAAUUCAUGGCAUGUGAUGAAUUUUCCAAAUGCAUAAUGAAUGAGUGGACAAAAGAGGCUGACUGCCUUUGUAAACCCGGUUAUGCAAGCCAGGAUGGAUUGCCCUGCCGGAGCCUGUGCGAAAUGGAACCUCAUCUUUGUGACAAUGGUGGGAAGUGUGAGUUAGUUCCAGGAAGAGGAGCUGUCUGCAGAAGGCCCACUCUCAGCAGCCACAAUUCAGAAAAUGCUGCAAGGAUGAACUCCGCUUUCGAACACGAUGAAGCCAUAACUGGCUUUUACCACACGGUUUGUAGUGUAAGUGCUUGUGCCAGUAGCUCCUCAGAGACCACUGACCAAGAAGCAUUACACAGACUUGAAAACACAAUUCACUACGGAGGUAAAAUGCAUGGAACUUCUUUUCUUGUUCCUCAACACAUAGCACCACUCAAAUAACAGCUCCAUCUGCAUGUCUUACCUCUAUAACUAAAUUAAAUCUGAUCUUAAGCUCUUGCUCAGCAAUUUCAGAACUAAGAACACUAAUUUUGGUAUUUAUUUUUUAGUUUUCACAUUUACUGUCAUCUUUGUUUCCUAACAGAACGUAGAACUGCUUUUCGUACAGCUCUUUUGCAUGGCUUUGGUGCUCCACUCUAUCCAAGUGCCUUUUGUAAAUUAUUGACUGAAAUAACCUCUUUUUUUUUUUUACCUUUCCAAUUUCAUGUUUUAGGUCACCAGACCAGUUUACAAAGCCAGGACUGACAAGUUAGUCUGUGAAAUUCUGCAUUUCCCGCAUCAGACAGACAAAACCAAGGUAUUCAGAAUAAGGAGGUUCGCAUUAUUCAAGACUGGAGUUCAGGUGGACAAUGCAUAACAAAAAAUCAGAGGAUUCCUAAAGAUGCAUCACUUCCUCUUUAACAUCAGCACACAUUAAACACAUCGUGUCAUUACAGAAAAACAGCUCGACCUUAUUGCUCAACUGUGUGACCAUGUCUAAAACUUGACUGGUAAGAAGUAACCUGUGAUAAGGUGCAUGCAUUAAGCAUACAGUAUGUAUAUAUCUUAAUGCUAUUUGUAAGAGCCUAGUGCUAGCAACAGCUUUUGCUCAGAAAUGACAUUUUUUGCAAUACUGUAUCAUUCCAAUCAGCCUGGAAGAACAGACAAAACUUUAAAGCAGACCUACACUAUUUUAUUAACCUUUCUUACACACACUAAAGCAAAGCAAGUAGCAAACGUGGAAAUAAGAGCUGUCACUAGUAACGUUCUUACCUCUUACCAAAGGCUACAUUAAAAGCAUUCGGGAACAUUUUCAUCCUCUCCCUGUAGCACACAGACCAGAAAUCACACAGAAGUUGUAGUUAUUUUUAAGAGCUUCUCUGAAUUUAAGAUUCUUAUGUCUCUGUCACUUAAAGCAUAAUGUAUACAUAUACACUUCACUAGUUAAUUCCUGGUGAUGGAAUCCCAUCACAAGUGAGGUUGACAGGGACCUUUGGUUCACCCGUCCCAACCCCCACACAAGCAGGGACACCCAGAGCAGGGUGCCCAGGGCCACGUCCAGUCGGCUUCCAAAGAGCUCAGGCCACCUGUCUAAUCCUAGGACUUCAAACUUUCUGAAUAGGUGAAGUGCUUGUAGUUUUCUUCAUCCUUUAAGAGCAUGUGAUUCACAUUCCCAGCUACCUAGGGAAUAAGUUACAGUCACGCACAAACACACUUUAAACUCAGUACAUACCAAUCAUAUCGAGAGGUUACUCUUAGUUUCUCUAGAAGAAAUCUUGGCAGAGGAUGAGAGGCCAUUAAUUAUUGAAUAGGCUUAACAAUUCAUGCUCUAUGAAUCCAUAAUCCUGACUCAAACAGGAGCAUUACUUUACCUUGAACACCUUUUUCUUGAGUAUAUGCAAAUAUACGUGCCCUGCCAGUGUUGUAUUACAUUCAGGCACUGUUUGGCACCUGGCACAAAUCUGAAGUUGUAUGUACAGCUGAAAGUGAGCUUCUAAAAAGUUCAUGGCUACAGUGGAUGACAGCUUCUCAUUCAGAUGUGAAACCUGCAUGUAUUCAGGACAGUAGCUGAUUUCUGUUGUAAAUCUUUCUAGCUUUCAGUACCACACAGUUACCACAACAAAGAAUGAAUUUUACCUUCUUAUACGCCCUUGACAGUGUUUAUAAAUCCCAAAUAACUGCACAAACAGGUCUCCUUGCAAAACCAACAGAACUGAUGAUUAUGUACAAAUGAAAGCAAUGCACCAAGGAAACAAUUCUAGGAUUCUACAGCUGAAAUUGUAUUUCUACUUCCUCUGUUUCACUAGGAAAUACUUUAAAACAAAACAAACCACUAAAGAUGCCGUUUUACACAGUACCUUCAGUAUAAAGCUCACUUUAAAAAUACUUCUUACGUUGCAUGGGACAUCACCCAUGCCAGCAGUGUUAGCUUUUUACAAUUGCUCACAUAAGUUAAGAUGCAUUAAGAAUGCUGAAGGCAUUCUUUCCUUUUUUUUUUUUCAUUACAAAUGUAUUUUUGUAUGUGUUUAGCAUAUCUCUCCCCAUACCCAUUAUCAUUAGCUUAAAAAAAUAAGUAAUUUUAAGUUGUGUACUUUAAUAAUCAUUAUUCAUGUAUGUAUUUAUCACUCUUAACUAUUAAUUACCAAAUAUAUUUGCUGGAUGUAAGCCUUUUGUAUUUCAAUAAAUUAUAAUAAAACCAUCUCCUUGAAAAUUUUGCUGGGAUUGAACUGGUAUUUAAUCUUACACUAAGGUGCAUCACAU